AGCAACACGUCUUUUGCUUGCCUUGCCUUGAAAAUCAUUUCCUUUAUUUAUAACGCAGGCAGGCAGGGUCUGGAGAGCAUCCAUUUCAUCUCAAAUCCCGGUUACAACAUUAUCAAAGUUGUUUCAUGAAUCAAUAUUCGAUCAUUGUUUGAUUGAAUGGAGAGGUGGAAUAAGAAUUGUAAUGGGUGUUUUUAUGAUCGCCAACACAAGAAUUAUAUUCACCACCCUGUUUCAAAGUUCGAUACCCUUGUUGGCGUCGCCAUCAAAUAUGGAGUUGAGGUGGCGGAUAUAAAGAAGAUGAAUGGGUUGUCGACGGAUCGUCAAAUGUUUGGUCUGAAAUCACUACAGAUUCCGUCGCCCGGGAAGCAUCCUCCAUCAAAUGCCCAUGAAAUUCCAGGGCAAAUCACUUGUGACCAGAACUCAGAACAGCAAAUGCAUCUUGGUCCAUUUGACUCAUUCCAGUCACUUAGAAUUAAGUUGCCUCCUGAAAGGAAAAUCUCACCAGCCAUGAGUUCUUUACAAGGCUACUACGGACUAAAACCGACAGCUCAAAGUCCCAUGUCAGAACGUUUUGAGAUGGUGGUUUACAGGAAUGGCGAAGCUCGAAAUUUGGGGGAUUGGCAUUUACUCGAAUCCUUCCCAACUUCCCGUCUGCCAUUGGACAGUAAUAGAAGAUCUAAAAGCUAUGCCAAUGUAUAUCUAGCUCACCCUGAUGAACUGAACGAUAACAUUAAUGUUGCAGAUGUUAGAAAGAGUGAACCUAAUAAUUGGAAUAAGAAACUGGUUAGACGGCGUCAGAAAUCCGAAGCCAACUUUGCUUCCGAGCCCCCAGAAACGGUGUUGGAGGAAAACGGUAGCUCAGAUGGGCUCGUGGUAUCACCAAUCACUGGAAAGAGUUUAUCCCCCAGACACAAAUCCACUUACCGAUCUGUAUCAGCAGCGGAGGCUAUGAAAACUGGGCUGAGUCCUGCACCUUUUGUAUUGGGAGAUAGUCUUCUCGGCGACCAAAUCUCCGGAGUGAGGAAAUCAUCAAGUACAUCAAAUUUAGAGCAUCAGUCACCCAUCUGGCCUGCUUCAAAAUGGGAUUUACAAGUUCUUUCGACUGUGGCAAUCGCAAAACCAAUCUUGGAUGGAUUGCCAAACACUAUGAGUGGUCGAAGAAACAAAACUGCAGUUGAUUAAUCUUCCGAAACUCAAUUGUUUAUGUUGAUCCUCAUUUUGUCAGGCCUUUAAAUUAUAAUUUUUUUUAGCUUGUUCAAAUAGAGAGACAGUAGACAAGAGAACAGAAAGUCGAAAAGGUUACUUAGUUAAACAUAAACUAAUUUUUGUUUGCUUCACAUUAUAAUUUAUUAUUUUUCUCAACAUUAA